CCCAGGGGCAGGGGGCAGGAAGGUUCCGUGGCAGUUGGAGCAGGAGCGACCUGGCUGUUGGGUGGGAGCCCGCAGGACAAACUGAUGUGGCAGCAGCUCUGGCCAUCAGCUCUGAGGAAGGAGGCUGGUGUAACUACUACCUUGGAUUUUGCUUGUCCUGCUGCUGUUACUCCCCAGAAGGACCGAGACAGGCUAGGCCUGCCCUGAAGGGCCCAGCCACAUCUGGUCUUGCCAGUAACUCGACCCUACAGGAGAUGGUGAGAUGUCAGAAAAACUAAGGAGAUGCAGGAAGGAACUGACUGCAGCUAUAGACAGGGCAUUUGAAGAUUUCACAGCUCCUUUCUGUCUCUCAGAAGAUUGCAUCAACAAACAGAAUUCAGACUUGCAGACAGAGACACCUUCCUCCUUGCCCCAAAUGAACAGAGUUAGUUACAGAAGAGAUCCUACUUCUACCUUAUCUUCCUAUCUCGACCAGUCUGCAGCAGUCUCCUGUGUGCUGGAAAAAAAGACUCCUGUCUUCAUACCAAACCUUAUUCCAGUAAGCAUUGCCCAAAAUCCCUUAUGCCCAAAGAGAGAACCUUUGACAAGUAAGGAAAAUACUUGGCUACGUUCUUCCAUUUUUGUGUCUGACAGACAACUUCCAAGAACUCUGGGGGACAGUGAGAGAUGGAGGAAAGGGCAUGCGAGUGCAGCUUGUCCAGAGAACCAAAACCGUUCCAUUGUUUUGUCCAGCAAAGAUGCUGAAAGAUGCAUGAAGUCAGAAGCAAACAUAGCUGUCAAUGCUGUCUGCCAAGACAUUUCGCAGGAUCUUCCUGACACACCCGGGAACCCAAACAGUUGGGGUAUAGAGGAGUUAGCAGGCCAACUGGCCCUAGUGAAUGAGUUAAGCAGAGUUCACAGGCACUCAGGUGAGCCCCCCCUUAGAGGUGAUGUUUUAGCCAUCUUUAUGGAUGCGAGCAGCAGCUCUGAGACAAGGCACCGAAGACCAAACAUUGAGGAUGAAGAGAUUAUCCAGACAGUUCUGGAUUUGGAAGAGGAUUACAGCACGGCCAUCUCUGCUCUGCACCAACUGAAGUAGCGAAACUGGCUCAAAGGUUUACAUAGGCAAAGACUUAAGAAACAACCGUUCUUAAACAUGGAGCCUUUCUGGGGGAAAAAAAUGGCAGAUUCCAUGUAAUAUAAAGGUUCAAUUAAAAUAGUAAUUUGCAAAUUCUCCCUUUAUGCCAGUGUUUUGUACUAUUCAUGUUUUCUUCUGAGUGCUGCUUUUUUUUUUCUUGUGAGAAGGGAGGUUUCAUUAUUUGCGACUGACUUUCUCCAGCAAUACAGUAACUCCU